AUGGUAGUCGUUGAGGCAGUGCCUGAGGAGAGAGCAGCUGACCGGAAGGUGAACAGCCGCAACGAGUGGGAAUCUUUCGUCGAGCAGUUCAAGCUCCCCAAGCACUGCGUCAACAGCGGCGUCGGCCUCAAGCAGAUCUACAUCCGAUCAGAGUACAUGGGAAAGAGCAAGUAUAACUGCUCUGAGGAGACAAAACAACAUGAAGUAUAUUACGAUAAUUAUCGUUAUGAUAUCGUGGCUAUUAAGGACAACAAGUAUGCCCAAACACUUGUUUCGUCACAAGAAAAACAAGAAUGCCAAAUUAAACGAGUUAAAUUUUGGGUCCAGUUGUGGAAGUGGAAGGCCUCCGCUCCUCGAGGCUUCCUUCGCAUUGUCCGUUCCUGCAUCUUCCACGGAGCCGUCGCAUCCCUUCACAGCAAUAGUCGUGUGUCGGACGUUCGUGAUACGCAGGACGUGGAGAGCCUCGGUCGCACAGCUUCACCGCCUUUGUCAGGCUUCCCUCGUUACGCCCGCGUGGCAUUGCUCGCCGCCCACCCGUCUCAUCCCACCGGCCAUCCUCCACCUCCGCCGCCCGUUGCCCGCCCUGCCGUCGUGCAGCCUAGGCGCGACAGGGCUUCGUCAGAAACAACGAGCUGUUUUAACGAGCCUCUCCGCCCGUUUCGAGGCAGACGCGCCAACACGCAAUUUUUUCACGUUCCUCAUGCUUGCACGCAGCGCGAAAUUUGA